AGGAUGGCGGCUAAAGUAGUCCCAAGUGCAAUUGUUCUCCAAGUUCUUAACCAAGGUAACUAUGAAGAGUGGAGUUUUCGGGUUAAAACCUACUUGUUGGCUGAAGAUCUGUGGGACGUUGUCAAGGGCACCACUACAAAGCCUCCCAAGGAUGGUGAAGCUGAUAAAAUUAAGGAUUGGAAGAAGAGAAAUGCCAAGGCUUUGCAUGCGAUCCAGAUUUCUUGUGGGGUUGAAACUUUUUCUUUGAUCAGAGGCAUCAGCAGGGCCCACGUUGCCUGGGAUACUUUGGCAGAAAAGUUUAAGCCAGCUGAAGUGGAGCGUGAGGUGGAGGAGCCAGAUGAAGACUUGGAAGGGGAAGCGAUUGAUGAUGGAUGUGAGAAUAAUGCCAGCAACGACUUCGACUGUUAUGAAAGUUUCUUCAUUGAUUUGCUGUUAGGUCGUUGGAAUUCUGCAGAGGAGUUUCUUAAAACAAAACCCGAAGCAGUAAGAUCAAGAAUAACUCCAGAAGGAGAGACAGCUCUUCACGUAGCAGUGAGAUCUGUGGAACUGCAGUUUGUGAAAGACUUGGUGAAGCUGAUGACGGAGAAAGAUUUGGAAAUAAAAGACGCUUAUGGUUUCACAGCUUUUGCCUGUACGGUAAUUCAAGGAGACAUCGAAAUGGCUAAAUGCAUGGUUGAAAAAAACAAAAAAUUACUCAGCAUCAGAUCCCCUCCCAACAAUGCAAUUCCACUGAUCAAUGCUUAUCGUCGGGGCCAAUGGGAAAUGGCUAACUAUCUCUAUUCUCUCACUCCACUUGAAGAUCUCAAGGAUCGAGAUGGGGCUGCACUUAUUUCCCAGUGUUUUUUGAGCAAACACUUUGAAAUUGGGUGGGACUUAAUUCAACGUCGUCCAAACUUGGCAACUACCAUAGACUACUCCGGACAAUCCCCUUUAAAUGCACUGGUCUGUAUGCGGUCUGCAUUUCCAAGUGGAAGUCGUCUCAACUUAUGGCGACGAUGGAUUUAUGACUGUGUACAAAUACCUCCUAUGGACAUGAACAAUAUUCGUAUAAAUAUGCAACCUACAGAACAUGAUGGAAAUAAUCAAAGGAAUCUGAUCCGCUCAGAUAUGGGUUUAAUGCGACGACUAGUUACAAAUCUCUUUGAAAUUUUAGGAAUCAAUCGCGUAUAUGAAAUGAAAGUGACUCAUACACGAAUCUUUGAAUUUCUACGUCACAUGUCCAAAGCGACAAGCAAUCUUACUGAUGUAGGUUGCGUGCAUACAGCGAUCUUCCAAGCCGUAGAACGAGGGCAUGUGGAGUUUAUUUCUCAUUUAUGUAGAGAAAAUCCAAACCUCUGGGGGAUCACUGAUACAAAAGGCAGGACCAUUUUUCACUUUGCAAUUGAACGUCGUCGAGAAAAGGUUUAUAACCUUAUAUAUGAGCUCAGUGAAAAGAGAAGAAAGUUUGUAGUAGGUGCUCUUGAUAAGCUUGGAAACACACUGCUAGAUUUAGCAGUUAGUUUCUCCCCUUCUACACUAAUGGUUCAAGGUGCAGCUUUACAAAUGAAAAGAGAAAUACAAUGGUUCAAGGAGGUGGAGAGUAUAGUACCUCCCAAAGUUCUUGAAGCAGUGACUUCUAAGUGUGGAUUAACAACACAAGAGCUAUUUACCAAAAACCACAAGGAAUUGAUGGCGGAGGGAGAAAAUUCAAUGAAAGGGGCAGCAACUUCUUGUACAGUUGUAGGUGCUCUCAUCGUUACCAUCAUGUUUGCUGCAGCCUUUACAGUUCCUGGUGGAAAUAAUCAAAACACAGGUUUUCCCAUAUUCUUAAAUGAAAGGGUAUUCAUAAUUUUUAUAGUUUCAGAUGCUAUCUCCCUAUUUUCUUCCACAACUUCAGUAAUGAUAUUCUUAGGAAUCCUCACAUCACGUUAUGCCCAGGAAGAUUUCCUCAAAUCCCUACCCACAAAAAUGAUGUUAGGCCUUCUCGCCCUUUUUUCGUCUAUCGUCGCCAUGAUGAUUACCUUUUCUUGUGCUCUCAUCAUUUUGCUUCAUGGAAAAUUUAGGAUUAUUCUUCCACUUAUUUUGCUUGCUAGUUUUCCAAUUACCUCAUUCAUAUGGAUGCAAUUCCCCUUCCUUGCUGAGAGUUUCAAUUCUACUUAUCGAGGGGAAUUAUUUGACAAGAAAAUCAAACGUUGGUAACUUCAUGUUCAAUUCCAUUUGUAAUCUGAUGCUUGGAUUGCUUUGCUACAUUUUAAGAAACUUGUAAGAAAAGAACAAUAUAUGUACUUGAAUUUUACAAUAAAA